AUGGAUAGACGACGAUUAUCUGUUUUUGCCAAUUUUGUCGGCUAUUCAGAUCGUAUGGGAGAUGCUAAUCAAAUCAAUAGUGAACAACGACGUCUCUCAGACGGUCCAUUUCCUCCGUCGCUUCGCCGUCCAUUUCCCUAUCAAUAUUAUCAUUACCCAGGUGAAUUUGUUGGUAGUGAUACGUGCAUGUUAAAAAGAAAAAAUUCGUCAUUAAAUAUGCUUUUGGAUUCGACAAGUUCAAUGAUGCGUACAGCAUCAUCAACAUUUCAAUGUCUUAUUGGAUCAGCUCGUCGUGCAUCAUAUUGUGGUCAACCAGAUCCAAGUGUACAACUUGCACCAAAUGGUACUAGUGGUUCACUUUAUUUACGUUCUGGAACAGCUAAUUCAAAUGAAUCUUCAUUGUCAAAUGCAUCAUUUGAUGAUCAACGACGUGUAGUAACUAUUUAUGAUGGUCGAAUUCCAUCAACACCCACAGCACCUACAAUACCAUUUGAACUUCUAACACCUAUUGAAGCUAUUACUAGAGCAGUCGAUGAUCCAGUUGAAUCUUUUGUUCAAAUUGUACUUGAAACACCAGAUGAUAAACCACCAAUGAUGCCACCUAUAUCAAGUUCAUUAGCACGUAUGAAUUUAUCAUCUCGACGUCGUCAUCGAAGUAGUUCUCCGAAUUUAAAACCAACUAAUCAACGAACAACACUUUCUUCGGAAACUAAUGCUCUACCAAAAUUAACUCAACAUCAAUCGAUGCCAACAAGAGAAUUCUCAAAUUCAACUACAAGACAAUGUCAAAUACCAGAUGUUAUUGAACCAAUGGAUUUUUCUUUUCUUGAACCGGUGCUACGAGGUGAAAGUGCUGCUCCUCCUUUACAAUCAAAGUCUUUUCAGAAUAGUUCAACUCUUAAAGAUUCAUCUAUUCAUCCACGUACAUCAUCAUAUCCUCCCAUUCCAUUAAAUCAUAUAAUUACAAAUGAACAUGAUUUAACAUCAUCGGAAUCAAUCUCAAGUGGUGAUGAAUACAAUUAUUAUGUUCCACCUUAUCCACGUUUAAAAUUUACACCAUCAAUCGAUUAA